AGGAUGCCAAGAGUAGAAUAUGAGCUAAAAUUGGAUUUCAAGGACGUUCUUUUGAGACCGAAGCGAUCCACACUGAAGAGUCGAGCGGAUGUCGACCUUGUUCGUGAAUUUAUAUUUCGAAACUCGCAAAAGAAGUAUGUUGGCAUACCUAUUGUUGCAUCGAAUAUGGACACUGUGGGAACAUUUGAAGUGGCGGAAGUUCUUUCCAAGGAAAAACUUUUCACAUUUAUGCAUAAGCAUUACUCAAUUGAACAAUGGAUGGAAUUUGUGGGUAGAAUAGGCUCGGACCAAGAUGAAAAAAGAACUUUUUUGGAAGAGGAGAGGUUGCGGCUAACACAGUUAAUGUAAGUGGUAUGAUGGAGAACCACGGAACUGAAAUAAGUAUCUGGAAAAUUCAAAUUUUAUGCAGAUAUUAUCACAAAUCGGGAUUUCGUCUGGAGUAUCCGACUCUGAUUUUACAAAACUAAAAAAGAUUUGCGGAUUAAUACCCGAACUACAGUACAUUUGUCUGGAUGUCGCGAAUGGAUAUACGGAAGUGUUUGUGGAUUUUAUACGACGAGUUCGAGAAGAGUUUCCUCGGCACACAAUAUUUGCUGGGAAUGUGGUAACAGGCGAAAUGACUGAGGAACUGAUUCUAUCAGGCGCUGACGUUGUAAAGGUGGGCAUAGGUCCUGGCUCAGUUUGCACGACACGGAAGAAAACUGGAGUUGGUUAUCCACAAUUGAGCGCUGUGCUGGAAUGUGCUGACGCUUCACAUGGCCUGAAUGGGCAUGUGAUGAGUGAUGGAGGGUGCACAAACCCUGGAGAUGUUGCGAAAGCAUUUGGUGCUGGCGCUGAUUUUGUAAUGAUCGGAGGCCUUUUUGCGGGACAUGAUCAGUGUAGUGGUGGCACUGUUGUGAAGAAUGGGCAGAAAUACAAGUUGUUUUACGGAAUGGCAUCUGAUACGGCGAUGAAAAAGCACAAAGGAAACGUACCAGAAUACCGAGCUUCGGAAGGCAAGACAGUAAUUCUUCCAUGCAGAGGUGAUAUUUCCAAUACAGUACAAGAUUUGCUAGGUGGACUGCGAUCGGCCUGCACAUAUAUCGGUGCGAAGAAAUUAAAAGAGCUUUCGAAACGGGCAACUUUCGUUCGUGUUGCACAUCAGACAAAUGAACAAUAUACAACAUUUGAAAUAUCUGCAGCAGAAUUGCAAGGGUUAAAUAUCGGGAUCUGAUUCAAGUUCCUUGGACAACUUCAGCUUUUUCUUUUACUGUAUUAUUUAAGCUAUACAGCAUUGUAUAUCCAUCUCUUAUUUUGAUUCUUAGUGAUUAGAAUUUAAAGAAAUUCAGUUUUUGUUUUCAUUUGCUGUUCAUGUAUUUUAUUGAAAGAGGUUUUUUCCAUUUCUGAAAGACUUUUCAAAAUUUUAAGAAAAAAUGUCUACUGCUCUAUCUACAACCGUUCAGAUAUUCAAUCCAAAAUCUUCCUCAGUUUGCACAUUCUUACACUUCAGUCUAUAAAAAGUGUUAAAAUGGGA